AUGACAGAAUAUUUGCAAGUGUACACAGAUCGUGGCCGACUCUCUUAUAUCCCGGAGCACUUAUACAAUCCCAACCGGCGUCGAGGUCUCUACCGUGGACGAAAUCGCCGACCGCACCGCAUACACAUAGCCCACGUAGCCCCAGACCCCUCAUUACUCCGCCGACAACAAUCCUCAAGUAGCAGCGCCUACAUAUUAGAAAAGCUGGCGGGCCCUCGAGAUAACGCCAAACGUUUCCUUAAGUCCUUGAUCGAUACCCACUUCCCCCAACCCAACACCGCCACCGUCGCGGACGAUACCUCUCCCAGGUCCUCUCUCAACAGCCGCAGAGCUUCCCUUUCGACCACAUCCGACAGUAGGAGGCAGUCGGGAUUGACGGACGAGAUGAGGCAAAGUCACAAUAGGAAUUCGAGCGUCGGCUCGACCGGUCCCAGACCUACUCUAGCCGAUGGUGCUCGUUCUUCGGGUAGACAGUCCGCAAAGAGUGUUAUUAGCAGUGUGGUUAGAUCGGUACCAGAGGAAAAGCCGCUCGCUUCGGGCAACGGUAUCAAUGUCAACAUCUCCCUGACAGAGCCGGUGCUAUUCCUCCAGGGUUUUGAGCAAUCGGAUAGUUCCUCUGAGCGUAGCACUGCCAUGCUUCGAGGAUCCCUCCAAUUGCACGUCACGAAGCCAGCCAAGAUCAAGGCACUCACCCUCAAAUUUCGCGGAAAGGCAUUGACAAAAUGGCCCGAAGGUAUUCCUCCGAAGAAGGUCGAUUUCGAAGAAUCCGACACCAUCAUGAGCCAUACCUGGCCAUUUUUCAACGCUCAAUUCCCCACUGCUGAGGCCGGAACAGGAGCCGAUCAGGUAGACCUCCUGAAGGGCGCUGCCGGAUCCCUGGCCCCUCAAAAGAGCCUCUUUGGAAGCUCGCCGAAUGCUUCAUCAACGAGUCUAACUUCGAAAGAAGCCAAAAGGCUCUCCCUCCAAGUGAAUCAAUCUAGGAGUUUCGGAAAGGGCGAAUCCUCGACGAAUGGUCCUUCGGUUGCACAAAAGGGGUACCGAACUUUCAACCCAGGUGACUACACCUACAAUUUCGAGUUGCCGCUGGAUAGCCGUCUCCCAGAAACGAUCGAUGUGGAACUGGGAUCAGUGAAGUACGAGCUGGAAGCGACUGUUGAACGCGCCGGGGCUUUCCGUGCCAAUCUCAUCGGUACCAAAGAGGUCACUCUCAUCCGCGCACCAUCAGAAGGAUCCCUCGAGCAAGUCGAACCGAUUGCAAUCAGCCGGAGCUGGGAAGACCAGCUGCACUAUGAUAUAGUCAUAUCUGGCAAAUCAUUCCCUCUUGGAGCGCAGGUGCCGAUUGCCUUCAAACUGACGCCCUUGGCAAAGGUCCAAUGCCACAGGAUCAAGGUCUUCGUCACGGAGAAUGUCGAAUACUUCUGCUCGAACAAACGUGUGCACCGCAUGGAGCCAGUCCGCAAGGUCCAACUUUUCGAGAAGAGAGCCGACAGCCCGCCCACAAGUACGUUUCCCGGGAGCACAAUGCGCAUUGUGUCUGGUGGUGGCGUUCCGUACGACCAGAGGGCGGCUGCUUCCAGAGGCGACAGCGUACAAGUGCAGGAUCCCUCCAAUCUCCUCGGUGACCUCAACGGCGACGUUAAUGUCGGUCCUACCGAAAUGGAAUUCAAUGUGCAACUUCCAAGUUGCCACAACAUGAGAGAUAAGGACAAGCAUGCAAGACUGCAUUUCGAUACUACGUAUCAGAACAUUCAAGUGCACCACUGGAUCAAGAUCGUGAUGCGACUUUCCCGGCCUGACCAGAACGACCCGUCGAAGAGGAGGCAUUUCGAGAUCUCGAUUGAUUCACCUUUCCACAUCCUGUCUUGCCAGGCGACUCAGGCCAACACAGCUCUCCCGGCCUAUUCGUCACCCGAGACAGCAACCGAACAGGCGCGCACGCCCGAGUGCGGUUGCCCCGGCGCCCCCGUCCGUCGUACAUCGCCCUCCAGCUUCGUCCCAACCCUGGAGUCGCUGUCACGGUCGCGUGCAAGCUCCAAUGCCUCGCCUCCCAAUAUUUCGCUCCCAAGAGUCGAUACUGCCGGACUGGCUCGCCCUCAGCAAGCACACAUUGGCGGUCCCAAUGACUCGACCGUACAGCGGCCGAUCCACUUGAUGAGAGCACCCUCAUUCAACCCUCCUCCAUUCGAGGAGGACGAGCCACCGCCACCUCUUGAGACUCCUCCUCCGCUAUACGAGACCAUCGCCUCCCCUACGAGCGGAUUGGCGGAUUACUUUUCAAGGUUGUCCGAUGCAUACGAAGACGAGCAUGACAGCGAAGGGGAGAGCAGUGGCACCCGACGCAUCGAAAUCCCCCUCACGCCAGGUAGCCGCGUGAACAGCCGAAGCAUGGAUGAACGAAGGACGUGGCUACCAGUUGGGCAUUAA